AUGGCGGUUUUCUUUAAAUUGUUUUAUAUGCGACUGCUCAAGGCGCCAGCAUAUCCAAUUGGGAUCGACACAGGGCUAAAGGUGGGGAAAACUCUGCAGCAGCGCGGUCUGGCGACAGACGCGGACAAGGUGUACACGCGUUUCAAGGUGCACAGGAAUCUCAAGGGCGCGCUGCAGCGAGGCGUGUUUGUCAAGGCCAGGGUCCUGCAGCAGGCGCCGCAGUUUGAACAACAACAGGCAACGACAGGGUAG